AAGAGACACGCCUCUUUUGGUCACUAUGGCAACGAAUACAACUUUGGAAUAGCUAGUUAGCAUUGUGGCUUUUCCUUUAAUUAUUUUAAGCUAUAUUUUAAAAUUCUGCACCAUGGCAGAAUCGGGUACGGGUACUUACCUUAUACGACCAGAUUAUCAGAAAAAGUUUAAACCAGCAAUUGUGAAGGAAUUCAUUCAUGACAUUGUAAGGGAGCGUCUGUCUGGAGUGAAGUAUGAGGCAGAGAAAAUCCCAGAGUUGUGCAGCUCACUGGCGGAGUGCAUUAGGGAUAAAGUAAAGAGUAUCGGAUUUGACAAAUAUAAGAUCAUUGUCCAGGUGAUGAUUGGAGAACAACGAGGUCAAGGAGUGAAGAUGUGUUCCAGGUUUUUCUGGGAUGCUGACACAGACAACUACGCAGAAGAUGUGUUUAUGAAUGACAGCCUUUUCUGUGUGGCGGCAGUUUUUGGAUGCUAUUUCUACUGAUGAGAAGUGUAACUAGAACAACAUUUAGUUUCUUUUGAACAUGAACGUUUCCAGGAUGCAGUGUGUUUGUGUGUGGAAGCUCACAUAGAUAUGUGGCUCUUCUGAAUGACAACCGACCUGACGUUUGGCCUUUGAAUAAAAGGUUAUCUCCAUAGUUUGACAUGAAGAACAUUAAAAAAACAAUGCUUUUUGAAUUGAUUUUUUUUUUUUUUAUCAAAACGCUACAGAUUUCUUUUUAGCUCCUCAGUCAAAAAUUUUUAAAAAGGUUGAUGUUCAGUUUGUGGCAGUGUUUUUUUUUUCACAACAUGCUGCAUUUAUUUGAUAUUUAUUUACAUGAUUGUGUUUAAAUGCCAAAGAUCUUAUGAUGUCAAUUAAAAUCCAUGUUAACUGCA